GACGCUUCAGUCUUAACGGUUUUAUUUUAGCUCCGGUAUUUUUCCUGCUCGCUUUUUACAUCCCCCCCUCCCUCUCCAACCUCGAUGUAACACACAUUUUUUGUUUACAAGCUACAGCCUGAAUGUGGAUAUUAAUCACCUUUUCUGUGUAUUUUCGCGCUCGCAUGCCGCUUCUCUCGCUGUCUCUUCUUUUCCACUGCAUAUAGAUGUAUUUUGUAUCCCUUGUUUCCUCCAGUAACCCAUGUCUGUGUGCAUCCCGCCUCCCUGCGCUCUCAAUAGAUGGUGCAAGUCAAAAUGUCCAAAUCGCCCGUAGACCCUCUGUCUGCUGUGGAAACCGGCUCCCAGUCGCACUAUUUCCAGCUGCCCAGGAAGUUGCCUAAACGGAAGAGCCGCUUCAAACGCUCAGAUGGCAGCACGUCUUCUGACACAACAUCCAGCUUCAUCAAACGGCAGGGGUCGGCUGAUUCGUACACCAGUAGACCGUCGGAUUCAGACCUGUCAGCGGAGGAGGACCGCGAGGCGUAUCGGCGUGAAGCCGAGCGCCAGGCACAACUGCAGCUCGACAGAGCUAAGUCCAAACCUGUAGCAUUUGCAGUAAAGACGAAUGUGAGUUACUGUGGAGCUCUCGAUGAGGACUGUCCUGUCCAAGGAGCUGCAGUCAAUUUUGAUGCCAAAGACUUCCUGCACAUCAAAGAAAAGUACAACAAUGACUGGUGGAUCGGUCGGCUAGUAAAGGAGGGAGCGGACAUCACCUUCAUCCCCAGCCCUCUGCGACUGGAGGCCAUGAGGCUCAAGCAGGAGCAGAAACAGAGGAAAACAGGGGGUAAUUCCUCUAGUUUAGGGGACAUGGUGACUGGGAGCUGGAGGACCACACCGCCAUCUGCAGGCGAAUCCAAACAGAAGCAAAAACAGGAACACGUCCCUCCCUACGACGUGGUGCCCUCUAUGAGGCCGGUGGUCCUCGUGGGACCAUCGUUGAAGGGCUAUGAGGUGACGGAUAUGAUGCAGAAAGCUCUUUUUGACUUCCUGAAACACAGAUUUGAGGGAAGAAUCUCAAUCACCCGUGUAACUGCCGACCUAUCCUUAGCCAAGAGAUCUGUCCUCAACAAAAGACCCAUAAUGGAGAGAUCCAACACUCGCUCCAGCCUAGCGGAGGUUCAGAGUGAGAUCGAGAGGAUAUUCGAGCUCGCCAAAACCCUGCAGCUGGUGGUUCUGGACGCAGACACCAUCAACCAUCCUGCACAGCUCGCCAAAACCUCCCUCGCACCCAUCAUUGUCUACGUUAAAGUUUCCUCACCAAAGGUGCUCCAGAGGCUGAUCAAAUCCAGGGGGAAGUCUCAGAGCAAGCACCUGAAUGUGCAGAUGAUGGCUGCAGACAAACUCUCUCAGUGUCCCCCUGAUAUGUUUGAUGUCAUUUUGGAUGAGAACCAGCUUGAGGAUGCUUGCGAGCAUCUGGCCGAGUACCUGGAGAUUUACUGGCGUGCCACUCACCUGCCAGGAAACACCCCUCUUAAUCCCUUAUUGGAGCAGAGUCUUAUGACCCCGCCUUCUGCCAUCUCUAGCCUACAGAACCAGAACAAGAACCAGCCACAGCCUCGUGAGGCGGUGGGUUUGGAGGGUGACGAGGAGGAGGCGGGCGAGGAGGCCCACUCUCCCUUGGAGCAGGACAGUCUUAUGCCGUCCGACGAGGCCAGCGACUCCCUGUCUCGUGGCCGGAGGGGGAGCCCAUGCCACAGGGGGGGCGAGGAGGAUGAGGAGGAGGAGGAAGAGGAAGAAGAGGAGGAGGAAGAGGAGGAGGAUGAGUAUGCCUCCCCGUGCCAUGCUCACACAUACAGGGACAUGUACCCCCCUCACCGUGGGCACACAGGCAGUGCCCACAGUGCCAACGGGCACGAGUCACAGGACAGGCUGCUCCAACGUGAAGCUCAGCAAGGUCACAACCAGAGGAACAACCGCCAGCGCAGCCGCCCCUGGCCCCGAGACACCUACUGAGGAACAAGGCCCCCCUCCCGCCCACCUGUCCCCUCAGCAUCAAGAUCAGCAUCAAGAUCACCCUGAGCCCUCCAACUGUCCCAAACACAACAUUUAGAGACAAAAAAAAAAAGUUCCCAAAAUCAGCUCCAAACUUUAACAUCUAUCAGAAAUAGACACAGAUGCCCAGUUUAUAAAGCAGAGAGCUGUAGGCAUUUAGUAUUUACGAUCUCUCUCUUCCAGAUUCCCAGUUUUAAUUUAUCUAAAGUGAGGGGAUGUAAUGACCUCUCCAGGGUCAACUCAUUCAGAUUAAAGUCAACAGGGCUAUUCUCCUCUGCAAUGGAAAGGUUUCAGGCUACCAGCUGUACGCAAACUCAAACUUUAGCUGCUUUGCCUAAGGUUUCUCUAUUGUAGGAUGUCUCAUAUACUGGCCUUAAAAAUUCCUAAGACUUUUAACUAUCUUUACUAUUGCAUGUCUGAGUAUAAUUAUUUUAAGACUAUUUGCACAUUAACGUCAGAACAGGAACUGAAUGAUCUUUACAGAUAAACUAAUGUAGGAAUGUCUACUGUUGAAUCAAUUUAUGGGGAAUAGUAAUGCAUUUGAUUACAUAGUAUAUACUGAAUGGGCACCUGGUUUUGUUUCAUUGCUACUUUAUUUAUUGAUUUGUUUGGUUUUGUUAAUACGGACUUGUUCGCUGUUUGUUUCAGAGAAAUGUUGCCAUCCAUGUGUUGUCAAGUUUUUACUCUGAAGAAGGUGACUGGCGUUUUGGGAGACACACACACGGUUUAUCAUUCUGUAAACGGUCACAGUGUUGAGUAUGAAGCUGCAGUACAGUGUCAGUGUCACUUACAGUACAGUACAUUCUGGGCAUCACUUUGUCUUUGCUGUUGCACAAUCACUCUCUUAACACUUGUAUAAAAAAAAAAUUCUAAAAAACGGGCACAGAGAAUGUAAACACAACUAAGAAAAGGGAAUUUUAGUCUUUUAAAGGAUGAAUUAUUUGCCAAACUGCUUGUUUACAUCAAAUCAUUCACAUAUUCCAAGCACACGCUGCGCAGCUGCAGCUCCUCUUCAAGAUCCAGGCUUCAGAGAAUGUAAGCUUGCAUGCCUUUUGCACCUCCACCACCACCUGGUGUCUCCGACCCCCUCCCCCACCACUCCCAACCGAUUGCCCUGUAAUUCGAUUGUAGCACGUUAUUGAUUGUAGCAUCCACUGUUUCUACACUUAAUCUCAGCCCACCCACCCAUCCUUUUACGUCUCUGCCAAACAUUGCGUUAAUGUUUUGUGUACUGCAGUUCUCCCGCUAGGUUUUUCAAAACCAAGGCAGAUCCUCAGGUUGUAAGUCCUACACCACUCAUCUUCCUCAACUUAACGUAACGAAUGUGUCGUGCUCCUGAAGGACUCGUAGCACCCCGUGACACAAUGUCAUUUCUGUUCCUGCACCAUUUUUAGUCCAUGAGCCGAUGACGUUGAGUUUGGAUGUGAUGCUGACGAGCAGCGACCUGCUUCUGUUCACAUAACAGGGUCGAUACAAGUCAGCGCCGGCUUUAGGGAAUUACUGGUUUACUGCUUCCAUGUCUCACAGGUAUCUCUAUCUAGUGUUCUGUAUAUUUUGAAGAGAAAAAAAAUCAGCAUGAUUUGAAAAAAAAAAAGAAAAAAAAUCUAUGCAAGUGUUGCAUGAAAUCUGAUUGUUUCUUUUUACAGUUAAGUAUUUUAGUAAUGCAUUGAUUCUGAUUCUCCUUGUUGUCUUGUAGUGAUAGUCUUGUCUUUGGGGCUACUCACUCCUCACACCACUAACAACACGAUUACUUAAAAAAAAAAAAAUCAGAACACAGCAGUUUUAUUUUUCCACAAACCUUAAUAUUGGGGAAAUUUUUCCCACAAUAUUGGAUGGAAACUGUUUGACGCACUUUUAAAAGUCACUCACUAAAAAUUUACCCCAGAUCAGGCCUAUGAUUUUUUAAAUUUGUGAUUUGAAAAAAAGAAAAAAGGAAUGAGUGAAUUAUUAAAGCCCUGCAUGUCUUAGUUCACCAAUUAGCUAUUUUCAUUAUAUUUUGGCAGAGUAUGUUUUUCAAAGUGGACCAAUUUAGCAACUGAUACAGCAGUUGAGGUUUUUCAAUUUAUGAAGCACAAUUUUUACAAGGGUUAUAAUUUAGUUUCCUCUGUCUUAUUCUGUAUGCAAUACUAAGCCUAACAUUGAAAAACUUUAAACGCCUUAGACCAUCUGGACUUCCUCUUUUGUGUGAGUAGAGAAAAAAAAAGAUAAAAUUGCACUACUUUUCUUUUUUUGGGGGAUGGUUGCUUUGUAAUGCAAUAACUGCACUAAAUAUAACAAAUGUAUCCACCAGACUACCACAGCGUGCUAGCGUGACCCAACACGCCUCUUCCCUCUAUUUAUCAGAAGAGACAGCAAAUGUGUAAAAAGUGAGACAUUUCCUGCCUGAUGCUGUAUAGAAUGCUUUCUAUUUGAAAAUAGAUUUACAAUGCUGAGUAAAAUAUGACUUAAAACAAAAAUAAACAUGACAUUUUAUGUACUUUUAA